ACACUAAGUUUAAUCUGUGAUCUGCGUGAUUCUUAAUAAGCUGUAAAGUGUAAGGAAGCAUGUCUAGAUAGUAAAGAAUGUAACAAGAUAUUACACAAUAGUUUUUUCCGGUUUUUUGUAGACUAGGACCAAAGACCGAAUUCAUAAUUUUUUGUUGAAACAAUGUACAGAUCAGUCUAUCAAGUUUUUUAUGCGAUAGGAAAACGACAGUUCUCCUUGGAAGCUGCACAGAUUGCAAAAGCAAACCCAAAAAUUGAGAGCCCACUAACAGAUCUUUUUGGAAGACAUCACAAAUACCUAAGGAUAUCCUUAACAGAAAAAUGUAACCUUAGAUGUCAAUAUUGCAUGCCAGCUGAGGGUGUUAAACUCUCUGAAAAAUCAAAGUUGUUAACUGCAGACGAAGUAGUCAAAAUAGCCGACCUUUUUGUCAAAGAAGGGGUAAACAAAAUAAGACUCACUGGAGGCGAACCAACUGUGAGGAAAGAUCUGGUAGAUAUAAUUUGUAAGUUUUAUUCAUCCAGAAUAGUUUAAAUAUGGAUAAAAGAGGAGUAUCAGGGUCUUAUUUAACUGAAUUCAAGGGCAAUGAAAAAUGUCUAAAAAAAUAUGAUUGUCAAAUCAAAAAAAUACAUACAAAAUUAUAUAAAC